GAAAGAAAUGGCAGAAGCAGCAGUUUCAAGUUACGAGAAGAGUAUUGUCAUUUAUGAAGCUGACGACAAAAAAGUUGCAAAUGCAACAGGCGAAAUGAGGCAAGAUGUAAAUUUAUUUCACCAACUUCCAAACGUUGAGAAUGGUAAUCAAUAUGUGACGAUGCUCAAGAACUGUACGCAAGUUCACGUUGGACCAAAAAUAGAAAUUCAUACCGAAGGACCAAAAGUAGAAAUUAGUAGAGAUGGACCAAAAAUAGAAAUUCGUACAGAAGAACCAAAAACAAAAGAUUUGAAGAAAGAAGAUAAAGAAAAAGAAGAAACGAUCAACAAUUGCUACCAGAAGUUGAAGUACAAAUACAUCACGGAGUGUUCUUACAUGAGAUCCUUUUUAUGGGAAGGAGAGAGAUUGGAUUUUCCAUUAGAGGAUUAUUUCGUAGAAUUAACCGUAGAGAAAGCAGAUUUAUUUGGAAUGAAAAUCGGAGACAAUAUAAACUUGAAUGAGCUAUUUUCCAUACAAGAAGAUGGUCAUCAAACUAUUUUAGUGACAGGGAAUCCCGGUUAUGGUAAAACCACCCUUUGCAAGAAAAUUGCAUACGAUUGGGCAUCUACAAAUUAUCUGCAACAUUUCGACUUAACUUUACUUCUGAUCUUAAGAGAAUUAGGCAAUAAAAGUGUAAAAGAUGCAUUACUCCAUAACAUGAAUGAGCACUCGUCAACUGAUAAAGUUCGGAAAUUAGAAGAUAGACAAUUGAAUAUUCUGGUGAUUUUGGAUGGAUUCGAUGAGGUUGUAGAGAGAAAUAAAGUUAUAAAAUUUAUAAGGGACGAUUCAUUUGACAUUUCUUCUCGAAUGACCAUUGUGGUAACGAGUCGACCUCAAGCUGCAGAGGACAUCAGACAGAACAUGAAGAUGAGAUUUUCGUUAGAAGGAUUUAAUGCAGAAUACCAAGAGGUAUAUAUUCAAUUAAUGUUUGGAAAAGACGAAAGUAAGACCAACGAACUCAUUUCUAAAUUGGAGGAGGAAGAGUUCUAUAGAGAAGUAGCAGAAUGUCCUCUGAUGCUGCACAUGUUGUGUUGCCUUCAUAAGAAUGGAGAAAUGGGAAAACUUGAAACUAUGACUGAUUUAUACAUCCGAAUAUUUUCUCUCAUAACUGAACGUUAUGUUAGAAAAUCAGUUCAGAAAAGUAAGUUUAAAACAGGAAAAUAUUUUGUGGGAGAAAAUCUGCUACUGAAAUUGGGAAAAUUAAACAGGAAACCAUGCUGUAUAACAUCAAAAGUCUUAGAGAAGAAGUUUUCAAAUGAAGAUAAAUAUAAAUUUAUCAUUGGACUGGGCAUUCUUACUCUGGAUUCCUUAUCAGAGUGCGAUAAUAUAAUUCGAUACAGUUUUGUACAUCGCACAUUUGGUGAAUUCCUUUCGGCUUUAUCCAUAUAUAUGGGUUAUGUUCCAUUCCCAUCUCAUAUUUAUAGUGCGGAAUUAUUAUUUCUAUUGGGAUUUUAUAAACAUGAUCCUUUACCUAAAGGGUUAUUAAAAGCUAUAGAGGAUAAGAUAUUUACUCCCGAAUUCAUGCUUCAAGUUCAUCAACAAAUCGAACUACAAACGAACUGGGAACAAUUUUGUUCCCAUUCAUCUGUGUACUGUUUCUCUUCGAAUUUCUCUAAUUUCGAACAGUUAUUGACGUUGUAUCAAUUCAAAGAAUUUUAUUUAUAUUUCUCUGAGAGCAUGGAUGAAUACCACGAAUUAAAAGAAGUAUUAUCCGAUUUCUUGAACAAUUACUGUUUACCGAAUAACGUUACAAUUUAUCUUGUGCUAUUUCUUGAGGAGAUUGCUGUGAUAAAUUUACACGAUAUUCGAGAACCCGUUACUUAUAUUAUCGAUUUUAUUUACACAAUAAACCCGAACAAUUUUCACAUUCAUUUUAUUGGUGUAGAUUUUCCUUCCUCCGAUUCGUACGAAAAAUUUACCAAUGUAAAUUACAAUUUGAAUUUAUCCGUCGACAUGCAGCAAUUAUUAAAUGUAAGUGAAGACGAGGAAUUGGUUGCAUUGGAAAGUAUCGACGUCCUGGAAGAUUCUAAUAGUUACAUCCUGUCAUUGCAGCAAUACGAAGCUUUACGUCAUCAUAUCAAAUAUCGCCAUCAUUAAUAUAAUGGUAAAAUUAAUUGAAUUAAUUAAAAAUAUAAUGAAUUUAAUUCUUCUUUCCUUCGUGAAUAAAAACGAAAAUAAAAUUCAUAUAGUUUCUUCAACAGUGCAGCAUGAAUUGCUCUGGAAAAUUUUAAAAUACAGUAGAGCGUCAAUUUUCCGAAAGUCAAUCAUCCAAAAGA